CAUUACGGCCGUUUUCGACCAUACACCGGGUCCCCCGUUUGUUCCUCGAAUAUCGACGAUUCGAUCGGCAGCAGCAUUGCGAUCGAUCGGGUAAGCCGCGUGCGGGGAAACACGUCGGGGAAUCAUUACCAAGUCGAGCGAUUGAGUAAUUCAACCGGUCGUUCGAUAGUCUCAUCGACAGCAAUAAACUUUGCAUUGGUAUUGACGUGGGAGUGGGAAACCUGAAGAAGCAUCAUCGGGGCAUUUAACGACGAGCGAGGUUUCUCGUAAAUGACCUCUCGUCGCGAUCAUCUAUCCCUUUUAAUGGUAACCGUCGAUCGCGGCGAUGGCAAUUGAAAUCGCGGCUCGCUUUCUCGCGAGGAUCAUCCGAUCGGGAGCAAUUAAAGCGACGGCGGUUGCGGAAAAGUGGGUCGACCGCAGGACAACAAACCGAUAGCCCUCUUGUAUUGUUCAGGAGGCCACGUGGUGGUGACUACCGCGAGAUGCCAGUGCGUCGACGGUGGCUAUCGAUCCCGUAAGUUUCCAUUCGGUGGCGACCUCCCUGCGUGCGCACCACUUUCAUCUCGGUUAUUUACCAAGUGCCCUUAGUCCGAGUCAGGAGAAUCCUGGGGAACGUGUAAAUGGUGAGAAGCAGGACGACGGGCUGGUAAUCCGAAAUCAAAACGGGGGACGAACAGGGGGAACGUAGACAGAGAGCAAGAAAGGGUGGCACGUAGAGGGUGUACUCCUCGGGGCGGCUUCGAAGGGCAGAGUCCGUGGAGAACGUGGAGAGAAACUAAAGAGAGAGAGAGAGAGAGAGAGAGAGAGAGAGAGAGAAAGAGAGAGAUAGAGACGGAGGGUACCAAGACAACCGGCCAGCGAUCAGCGCACGGUGUUAACAGUGUGGUUUGUCCUGGUUGCGAGGAAGGUAGCAGAGGAUAGACGACAGUUUACCAAGUCCAGCGAGCGAAGAAAGGCCAAGUAACGUAACUCCAAUGUAUUACGGUCCCCCUAUUGUGAACGAAGCCACUGAAAUAUGUCGUUACCACGAGAAUGGAGCCUCCAGGAUUCGGUCGAGCGUGACCCUGUCGCCUGCGCGACAGCGUCGCAGGAGAUGGUCGUCACGAACGGCAUCGACGAGAAUAUGAAUCAACAGAAUCAGCUGGGCUCGCUGUUGUCCAUACACUCGGCGCCCGUGUUCGACCUGAGCACAGGCGUGCCGUCACCGAAGAGGCCGGCCUCCUUAUCGGUGCAGGCGACGGCCACCUCGACGCCGGUCGUACCGCCCCAUCUGCAGAGCCCGGAGACCAUCGAGGACGAGGACAACGACAACCUUCUGACGAUAUCGAGCCUGACCGCCAGACCGUUGAUCGCGAAGUCACGCGAGCUACGCUCGACCAGAUGUUCCGCCGCCAAGAAAAGGAAGAGGAACGAGGCCAGGAAGCCCAGGAACAUCACCUACGUUCCACUCGACGGUGGCUACGGAUGGGUGAUCGUGUUCGGGGCGUUCUUCGUCCAGUUCUGGGUAGCCGGACUGGUCAAAUCGUACGGGGUCCUCUACGUCGAGGUCAUGGAAACGUUCAAGGACUCCUCGGCCUCCGUCGCGUCCUGGAUACCGGCUAUUUUGUCUUGUCUCUGUCUAGCGCUUGCACCCGUGACGAGCAUGCUCUGCCAGAAGUACAGCUGUCGGGCGGUCGUCUUCGUCGGAGGAUUGUUCUGCGCUUUAGGACUAACUCUAAGUUACUUUGCCACGAGCUUGAUACACCUCUUUUUUACUUUUGGAGUUUUAACAGGUAUCGGUGGCGGUCUAUCGACGACGCCGGGCAUCAUCAUCGUCUCACAAUACUUCGAUAAGCACCGCGCCCUGGCGAACGGGAUCUGCGUUUCCGGCACUGCCGCUGGCAGCUUCGUGUUUCCGCUUCUGAUCGAGGUCCUCGUGGAGAGCUUCGGCUUCCAUGGGACGAUCCUGCUUCUGGGCGGUUGCAUGCUCCACGUGUGCGUGAGCGCGACCUUGUACCGGCCGCUUGAGAAUAAUUACGCUCCGGAAGCGCUGGACGUAAUUGUCGAGAAGUUCGAGAAAGUUGAAAGCGCACCGACCGCGAAAGAAUUGGAAGCGGCGAAGCAGCAGAAGCUGGACUUGAUAUUCGCGAACCACGACUCCACUACCAAACAUAAUUUGUUGAAUGAAUUGUUCCAUCAGAACGGCGUGGUGGCGGUCGAGCUGACCGACAGCGAGGAAGAGAAGGACGUAAUCGGCGAGUGUCUCAGGAUGAAGCCGAUCUCGAAGAUACGAAGCUCCAGUAUAUUGCACAGCGUCGAGGAUCUGUCGACCGACUCCACGUGUGUGUAUAAGGCCAGAUCGUCGUUGAGAUCAUUGCGAUCAUCGAUCACGGCGGUCUGUCAGCCUCCUCAGACCGAGCCGCAAGUUCUGCCCGAGAAGCCGAAAACCAUCAUGGAGAAGAUAAUGCAAUACAUUGAUUUAUCUCUAUUGAAAAAUCCGCAGUUCAUCAUGAUGUGUAUCUCGGUCAGCCUCAUGUCGACCGGAAGUCCGUACAUGCUGUACUAUCUUCCGGCGUAUGUUCACGCGGCUGGCUACACCAAGUCUGAAGCCGGAUAUCUGGUCGCCAUUUCCGCUGCCCUUGACUUGUGCGGAAGACUCGGACUUGGCUGGCUCUCAGACCUGCAUCUGUUCGACCGACGGAAAGGAUACAUCGGAAGUGUCGUGGGUGCUGGUGUAGCUGUGCUAGCGAUCCCGAUGGCCCACUCGUUCUAUGUGCUGGCAUGCUCAGUUGGCAUGUACGGACUGUGUUUGGGUUGUUGGUUUCUCUUAGUUCCCGUCCUUCUUGCUGACCAAUACGGCACCGACAAAAUAUCCUCAACCUACGGUCUCGUUAGGAUGUUCCAAAGCGUCGGAGCUAUUUCUAUUCCGCCUUUAGCAGGUUACCUGCGCGAUGUAACUGGAAGUUACAGCGUAUGUUUUCUCUGCAUGGGAACGUGCAUGGUCAUGGGAGGUCUACCAUUACUACUGGUUUUUAACGAAGUAUCGAAAUCAUCGAAGAUGACCGUUAACGCUGAUAACGGUGAUACGCAAGCAGAGGCGACUGUGAAAGAAUAAAGAUAUUUUGCAAGUGUGAUUUAAAAAACCAAAACAAAAAUACCAAAAAAACAAAACAAACGAAAACCGAACGAAUGUGUAAUAGAGAAUUAAUAAAAAAAAUCGCAACAUUUGUCGCUACAAUUAAUCCACUAUGAUGUAUUGCUUGGUUCAGUUGUAUUCGUACAAAAAAAAAAAACAAAAGAUAUAAUAUGAUAAAUACCUCGUUCGCGACAGAAAACGAAGAACUGCGGCAGGUUCUGCGAUGAAAGAAACAAUCUUAGUAGAAAAUACAUAUUUUUCAUACAAAAAGAAAAAAAAAGACAGAUGUAAUUUAAACACAGUGAUCUUUAAUAAAAGUUAUAUUCUUUUCA